AUGUCGUCCCACAAAGUCCAGGUGGCUGAAAUGAUAGGAAAGCCCUCUUUCCGGCGGAAGAUGGGAGUUGAGGUUGUUCGCACGGAUUUCAUGGUUGAGCUAGUUCUCAAGCAAUAUGCGAUGGCGGGGAUGGUUUUGUCCCGGAGUCUUGUCUGGAUGAUAUUAAUAGUCUCUUCACUUGAAAUACGAGUGAUUGAACCAAGAUCGACUAAAAUCAUAGAUACAUUAGACAGGUCUAGCGAUUUUCGUCUUGUCAUCAAUCCCACAUGCGCUGGACAGCGCAGUAAGAUUCUGGCUUUCAAGUUCCUCCAUUUCCUAUACUGGGCAAAUGCAUAUCUUCAAUAUAUUCAGCUACAAAAUACGUAUAAGGAAGGAUUUGGAGUUAAGGAAAAAUGGACCUCUUACGGCAACUCGGCUUUUUAG